AUGUCCUCAUAUAUAGCUGUAAUAUUGGCAGAUCCCUCGAUUAAAAAAGCACCAAGGAUGACUUCUGGUUCAGAUAUAAAACUAAUCACUGAAAUUGUAACCAUUUUAUCGCCUUUCGAUGAAACCACAAAGGAGAUCUUAGGUUUCCAGUACAUUACUGCUAGCCUUGUUAUCCCCCUUAGGUCUGUUAUCGAAAGAUAUUUAAAAAAACCUCAAGCCAAACCUUAGUGCAGCCGAAAAGUUAUGCCAAAAGCUUAUAAAUAGCCUAUAAGAGAGGGAUUUUAAGCUUUUAUGAAACCUUCUGCUUUGCUAUGCUACAAUCACGG